AUGGAGGCUAAGGAUGUUACCAGCACCUCCACCACCACCACUAUCACCCCCAUCACCACUACCAACACCACCAUCACUACAACUACCACCAUCGACACCACCACCACUGCCACCACCACCAUCACCACCUCCACCUCCACCACCUCCACCUCCACCUCCACCUCCACCUCCACCUCCACUUCCACCUCCACCUUCAGCUCCAACACCACCACCUCCACCUCCACCACCACCACCACCAUCUACAACACCACCACCAUCACCACCAUCACCUCCACCACCACCACCUCCACCACCACAUCCACCACCACCACCUCCACCACCAUGUCCACCACCACCACCAUCACCACCAUCACCUCCACCACCACCACCUCCACCUCCACCACCUCCACCACUACCUCCACCACCACCACCACCACCUCCACCUCCACCACCUCCACCUCCACCUCCACCUUCAGCUCCAACACCACCACCUCCGCCUCCACCACCACCUCCACCACCACCUCCACCUCCACCACCACCACCACCAUCUACAACACCACCACCAUCACCACCAUCACCUCCACCACCACCACCUCCACCACCACAUCCACCACCACCACCUCCACCUGCACCACGACCACCUCCACGUCCACCUCCACCUCCCCCACCACCUCAACCACCUCCACCUCCACCACCACCACCGCCACCUCCACCUCACCACCACCACCUCCACCACCACCACCUCCACCACCACCUGCACCACCACCUCCACCACCUCCACCACCACCUCUCACACCACCACCUCCACCACCACCUGCACCACCACCUCCACCACCUCCACCACCACCUCCGCCUCCACCACCACCUCCACCACCACCUCCACCUCCACCACCACCUCCACCUCCACCACCACCACCACCACCUCCACCACCACCUCCACCACCACCUCUCACCACCACCACCUCCACCACCACCUCCACCACCACCUCCACCACCACCACCACCUCCACCACCGCCUCCACCACCACCACCUCCACCACCACCUGCACCACCACCUCCACCACCUCCACCACCACCACCUCCACCACCACCACCUCCACCACCACCUGCACCACCACCUCCACCACCUCCACCACCUCCACCACCACCUCCACCUCCACCACCACCUCCACCACCACCUCCACCUCCACCACCUGCACCACCACCUCCACCACCACCACCACCUCCACCACCGCCUCCACCACCACCACCUCCACCUCCACCACGACCACAUCCACGUCCACCUCCACCUCCCCCACCACCUCAACCACCUCCACCUCCACCACCACCACCACCUCACCACCUCCACCACCUCCACCACCACCUCCACCACCUCCACCACCACCUGCACCACCACCUCCACCACCUCCACCACCACCACCACCUCCACCACCACCACCUCCACCACCACCUGCACCACCACCUCCACCACCUCCACCACCACCUCUCACCACCACCACCUCCACCACCACCUCCACCACCACCUCCACCACCACCACCUCCACCACCGCCUCCACCACCACCACCUCCACCACCACCUGCACCACCACCUCCACCACCUCCACCACCACCACCUCCACCACCACCACCUCCACCACCACCUGCACCACCACCUCCACCACCUCCACC